UACAAAUAAGACGCGCUUUGUCUCUUCUGUCGCCACAACUCUUCCUUCUAUUGCGUUUUACGAGAGAACAAACAAAAAGUAGCCAAGAAGAAGAAGAAGAAGAAGGAGAAGACAACUUACGAUGAGUCAACCUCCAGUCGAUGCUGCUCCUCCUCAAGGUUAUCCGCCGGUAGGAUAUUCUCAACCGAAGGAAGCUUAUCUUCCGCCGCAGGGCUAUCCUCAGCAAGCUUAUCCUCCGCCGCAAGCUUAUCCUCCUCAGCAAUACCCACCACAACAGCAGCAGCGCAAUGUUGUCUCGCUGCUAUGUGCUGUUGCUGUCUCUGCGAAGCUUGCUUCUGAGUGCUGUCUCUCCUUGAAGCUAUGCGAAAAUUGGAUUAUUUGUUGUCAUCUCAUCUUUAUUCUUUUUCAUUUUAUGUAUUUUCAGCUGAAAUCAUAAAUAAUUGUUGUCAACAUUUUUCUCUUGCUUAUUUAUAC